AUGUUACCUUUGCGGACGUCGUACAGGUAUCCAGUUACCAUCUUUUGGUUACAGGUUGAGGUAAGUACAGGAAACGUGGUUGAAGUGGCCGAAUUUCUGGCCAGUCAGACGUCAGAGUCGCAAGAGGGUGCAAAAGAUGUGGAGCUGGUGUCCAACAUUCUUGCAAACAUUGUCAUGGCAGGAUCUGGCGACACGGAGGUUACCAAGUUGGUGUUGGAGACUGUGAACAAUGUCAUCAUGAGUGGUGGGGAAACUCCUGACUCCCAAGCUCCCGAUUUCAAUGGUAGUAGCUCCUCGGCCAUUAUCCAGUCCUUAGAGAGUCAGGUUUCCCUUUCUCUGAGACAAGAAGGUAAUUUCAGUAUACGUCAGGACACCAUCCACGUCGAGGCAGUCAGUCUGGAUCCAACACUGGCUCAAAAUGGACUCAGCUUUGUAUCUGUACGACAUCCUGGACAAGGGUCACCACAAGAGGGCUCACUUGUUGGUACUGAAGUCCAGACGUUCAUGGAUAGCAGCAACAUCCCUUUGAGUAUCGAUGUGUUGGCAUCGGUUCAAUUACCAAGGAACAUCAUUGACUUGAUCCAAUCAUCUGACAGUGACAGCUCUGCAAAACUGCAGGCCAGUUUUCUGAUCUACGCUGACGAUACGUUGUUCCAGUCCACUUCAAUCAGAGAGAAUCGAGGGGAGAAAAACUCGACUCGUAAGGUCGCUGGAUCUGUCGUCUCACUGACUGUGGAGAAUACUGAACUUGUCAACCUUACUGAGCCAGUCGUGAUCAAAUUCAAGGCACCUGAUCAUACCACGAGUGAAGAGUUAGAGACGAUCCAGUGCGUGUCCUGGGACUUUGAACUUGAAGAUGGAGUCGGUGAUUGGUCACCAGCUGGCUGCGCGCGUACACAACUGCACAAUGAGCAAGUCUCCUGUAACUGCGACCACGCAACAAACUUUGCCAUCCUCGUGGAUGUGAAGGGCCAGGCACCUGAUGGUUUAAUUGACGCUCCUGCAAAGAAAGCGCUUGAUAUCAUCAGCCAGGUUGGCUGUGCAUUAUCAAUCAUAGCACUGGCCAUAACGUUGAUUAUAUACCUAGCUAUCAGGAAGCUACGAAGCGGCAAAUCUCGUCAGAUCUUCAUUCAUUUCUGCUUCUCCCUGUUCAUGUUGUACGUGGUGUUCCUUGCCGGCGUGGACGCCGCCAAGGCUACCACAGGUGGUUGUGCGUUCGUGGCAGCUUUACUCCACUACUUGACUCUGUCCACUAUGAUGUGGAUGGCCGUUGAAGCCAGGAACAUGUACGUCAGUACGGUGAAGGUGUUCCCAGAAGACACGCCUCACUACAUGCUCAAGGCUUGCCUCAUCGCUUGGGGCUCACCAUUGAUUGUCUUGACAAUCACUUUAGCUGCAGCGUCUCAUCACUAUGGUAACGAGCAUUAUUGCUUCAUUGAGCCUGGCCUUGUGCUUUAUCUGGGCCUCCUUGCUCCCAUUGGUCUGAUCCUCAUCCACAACAUCAUCACCUUCAUCUUGGUCAUGCGCAGUCUGCUCAAGGUCAGAGAAGCCUCUCACUCCCAGCAGAUCUCUAAACGCCUCCAGAAUGCCGUAGCCAUCUCGGCCCUAAUGGGCGUGACCUGGUGUUUUGGAUUCCUGGCCAUCGAAGGAGCGACGUUUGCCUUCCAACUUAUCUUCUGUCUGGCCAACUCCUUGCAGGGCGUUGUUGUCUUCAUCAUGUUCUGCGUUCGUCGCGAGGAGGUUCGUUCCGCCAUUGCACCGUACCUCAACCGUAUCAGUCGCCGUUUGACAAUCGCACGCCCAGCUAAGUCCAACGAUACGGAGCUGGUUUCAACAUCAGCAGGUCCUACUUCAGCAUCCAGCAUCAAAACUUUCAGCUCUGAUGUCUCCAUUUCUGGAACCCAGUAAACGUUGACAUUAAGAACAAACAUCGGUAUCGGUUUACCACA